AUGCGACUAAUCAACACCAGUACCUACAACUUUGAGGAGUUUAUCGGUCGUGACAUUCCUCCAUAUGCUAUACUGUCUCACACAUGGGAAACCGAAGAAAUUACUUAUCAAGACUACGCCAAUCAUGCUUGCAAACACUCCAAAGGCUUUGCAAAGGUUAUAAAGACACUUGAGAUAGCUGAAGCGAGUGGCAUCAGAUAUGCGUGGGUAGAUACGUGCUGCAUAGACAAGAGAAGUAGCGCGGAGCUCACUGAAGCCAUCAACUCCAUGUACUCCUGGUACCAGCGCAGCGAAAUCUGCUACGCCUUCUUAUCCGAUCUCGAGGCUGAUGCAGAUCUUCAGGCAGACCUACCACAUUGCCGUUGGUUUACUCGUGGUUGGACACUACAGGAGUUUAUUGCCCCUCGCACUGUAUAUUUCUAUGAUUGCGAUUGGCAAUAUAGGGGAUCAAAAGAAAGUCUAUCCACUAUGUUAUGCCGGAUCUCGGGCAUAGAAGAGGAUAUCCUCCUACAUCAGCGCUCACUCCAUUCAAUUUGCGUGGCCCAAAAGAUGUCAUGGGCCUCUUCUCGACAGACAACACGUAUUGAAGAUGCGGCCUAUUCACUACUCGGCUUAUUUGGCGUCAAUAUGCCAUUGCUCUAUGGUGAAGAAGAGCGUGCUUUCCUCAGAUUGCAAGAGGAGAUCAUCAAGUCGUCCUCUGAUCUCAGCAUACUCGCAUGGACGGAUUCUACAAACCAAGCUAUUAGAGAACAUAGCUCAGAACUACACUGUGGCGUCCUGGCAAAAAGCCCUGCUCAAUUCUCCAUGGCUGGGUCGAUAUGCGGCUCACUGGGCGCCGACUUCGUAGGCGAGUCGUCAGUCACAAAUCAAGGUAUAAGAUUAAAUAUUUCGCUU